ACCCCGGCGCGCGUGGGGCUCGUCGCGGGCCGAGCGCGUGGGUGUCUCAGCGCGGCUGCUUGCGCUAUGGCGGGGCUGGUGGACUUCCAGGACGAAGAGCAGGUGAAGGCCUUUCUGGAGAACAUGGAGGUGGAGUGCAACUACCAGUGCUACCGCGAGAAGGACCCGGAUGGUUGCUAUCGGCUGGUAGACUAUUUGGAAGGAAUCCAGAAGAAUUUUGAUGAGGCUGCCAAGGUGUUGAAGUUCAACUGUGAAGAGAACAAACACAGUGAUAGCUGCUAUAAAUUGGGGGUCUAUUAUGUGACUGGAAAAGGUGGAUUGCCACGUGACUUGAAAGCUGCCUCUAACUGCUUUCUAAUGGCCUGUGAAAUGCCCGGAAAGAAGUCUGUGGAGGCAUGUCACAAUGUUGGUCUUCUGGCACAUGAUGGACAAGUCAAUGAAGAUGGCCAGCCUGAUCUGGGAAAGGCCAGAGACUACUACACAAGGGCCUGUGAUGGCAGUUAUGCCUCCAGCUGCUUCAACCUCAGCGCCAUGUACCUGCAGGGUACCCCUGGCUUUCCCAAGGACAUGGGCCUUGCAUGUAAAUACUCUAUGAAAGCUUGUGACCUAGGCCAUAUCUGGGCCUGUGCCAAUGCCAGCCGCAUGUACAAGCUGGGAGAUGGUGUCGAUAAGGAUGAAGCCAAAGCUGAGGUGCUAAAAAAUCGAGCCCAGCAGCUGCACAAAGAACAGCAGAAAAGUGUCCAGCCUUUAACAUUUGGGUAGUGUGGCCUACCUCCUACACAUCAGACAGCUUGAGGCUGCCCCUUCCUAUUUCUGACCUUGGUAGUCCACCUGUUGGAGCAGGAAGACUUGGACUUGAUAUCAAGAGCUCUGGACACAUAGGCCCAUUAUCCCAACGUGGCACCUAUUGGGACAUAGCCUGAAAUGUUUAUUUUCAAUAUUCCUUUAUCUGGUGUGAUCUGUGGAGACAACAUUUAUAGGGUAUUGAGUUUUCAGACUCACAGGUCUUUGAAACACAGAAGCAAACUAGAGAGCCAAAGAGAUCUCUAGAUGGAGAGGGGUACUGAUGGGCAGGAAGUUGGAAAAAUUAAAGCCACAGGGCCUGAAGGAAUCAGACAUGAUUAUUAUUAUUUUAGCUGGGAGGGCUUAGAAAUCAGAAAGUAUCUUGAUUUACAUAAUAGAAGGCUUAAGGAGCUAAGAACAGUUAAAAAGUCACGACUGCCACCCUCUGACUUAUGUAAUCAUUGGUGUGGGCUUCCUUCUUGCCUUUAGAAUCAGAUAUUUCAAUAAAUUCAUAGAGAUCAGAGGGGCGUGACAUGAGACAUAGAAAUUAAAGGUGGUUAUCGCAAAGGAGAUGAAACAUAGCCUUUCUCUAGUGGAGAAAGUCACAGUUAAAAAUCAGCAUGCCCAGGGCCACUUAACUGGCUCUUCCUGUCAUGCUGAGGGAACAGAUUAUUUAUUCCCUUUCCAAGGCCACUUUGGCUAGAAAUUUGAACAAGGACUUUGUGGCACAUCUUGUCCCUCAGAAUUGAAUCUUUUUAAUUGUCCUUGUCAAUAAACUAUUUUGAUUGAUUAGUAAUUUGAUUAGUAUUUUUAGUGUUCAUUACAGAUUCUGUAUGGGGUAGAAAUUAUGUUCAUAGUGGUUGUGCCCUUUUCUUUUACGAACAUUUGCUUUUUCUACUCUCUUCCUAACUUGCCACCAGGGGGCGAGCUGGCAUUUUGCUGCUGAUCACAAGACCAUUAUUUCUGUCAUCACCUACUGUUUUGGGGCUUCCAGUUUUGCACCUGCCCUAGAAGAAGGCUUGCAAUGUGUAUGAAGGUUAAUGAGCAUAGCCAGCUUCUCAAGUUGAUGGAGGAGAGGGACUUCCCCAAGAGUUGGGAAGUUUUAAUAUGCAAAUUUAUUUUUAUUUUUUUAGUUUUUUCCUCCCUACUGCCCCCAAUUUGUUUUGAAAAUGUAAAUUAGCUUUUGUUGUGUUAAAACUGUAGCCCAACAAGCAUAUGUAAAGAUGCUCAACAUCAUUAAUGACUAGGAAAAUGAAAAAGUAAACUACAAUGGGAUAAUUACUUAACAUCUAUCGGGAUGGCUGUUGUCAAAAAAAAAAAAAAAAGACAAGUAUUGGCUGGGAUGCAAAGAAACUGGAAUCCUAUACAUUAUUGGGAAUGUAAAAUGGUGCAGCCGUUAUGGAAGACGAUAUGGUGACUCCCCAGUAAAUUAAACAGAAUUACCACACUAUCCAGGAAUUCUACCCCUGGAUACCUCUCCAAAAGAAUUGUAAGAAAGGUCUCCAAGAAAUAUUUGUAGACUUACGUUCAUAGCAGUAUUCACAAUAGCCAAGAACAACUCAACUAUCUACUGAUGGGUGAAUGGAUAAAGAUGUCCAUACAUACAAUGGGAUGUUUCUCAUCUUUAAAAGGAAGGAAAUUCUGAUACAUGCAUCAACAUAAAGAACCUUGAAGUCAUGCUAGGUGAGGUAAGCCAGUCACAAAAAGAUAAACAGUGUGAUUCCAUUUAGAUGACAUAUCUAAAUAGAGACCAAAAGAAGGAUGA